UGCGCAGACCGCGGGUUGUCCUGGAGAAAAGCCGAGGACGCCAUGUUGGUUCCGUUACCACGUGAAGACUCCUGAUCCAAAAGCCAGUGAAGUUCCAGGGGCGGAAACUGAUUAGAACACAAUCCGGGAGAGGAUUCUGACCCCAGCCCAGCUCCAGCUCUGAUUAAUGUCGAUAGCACAGUGAGAGCAGUGACAGCAAUGCCCCCAGUAACACUGCCGCCCAAAGAGAACGCUCUCUUUAAGAGAAUACUGAGAUGCUACGAGCGCAAGCAAUACAGAAACGGCCUGAAGUUCUGCAAGCAGAUCUUGUCCAACCCCAAAUUUGCAGAGCAUGGGGAGACGCUGGCGAUGAAGGGACUGACUCUGAACUGCCUGGGAAGAAAAGAAGAGGCGUACGAUCUGGUCAGAAGAGGCCUCCGCAACGACCUGAAGAGUCACGUCUGCUGGCACGUGUACGGUUUGUUGCAGCGCUCUGACAAGAAAUACGACGAAGCUAUUAAGUGCUACAGAAACGCGCUGAAAUGGGACAAAGACAACCUGCAGAUCCUCCGAGACCUCUCGCUGCUGCAGAUCCAGAUGAGGGACCUCGAGGGAUACAGGGAGACCAGGUACCAUUUGCUGCAGUUGCGUCCGGCUCAGAGAGCAUCAUGGAUCGGGUACGCCAUCGCCUAUCACCUGCUGCAGGACUACGAGAUGGCGGCCAAAAUCGUAGAGGAGUUUCGCAAAACCCAGCAGACGUCUCCGGAUAAAGUGGACUACGAGUACAGUGAGCUGUUGCUGUAUCAGAAUCAAGUGAUGCGAGAGGCGGGGUUUUUCAAGGAGGCGCUCGAUCACCUGAUCAGCUACGAGAAACAGAUCUGUGACAAAAUGGCUGUGGAGGAGACCAGAGGAGAGUUGUUGCUGGAGUUGGAUCGGGACAGUGAAGCCAUGGAGGUUUAUCGCCAUCUGCAGGAGAGAAACCCUGAGAACUGGAGCUACUACCAGGGUCUGGAGAGAGCGCUGAAACCAGGGAGUGUGGAGGAGAGGCAGCAGAUCUACGAGGACGUCUGGGUGAAGUUCCCUAAGGGUUUAGUGCCCAGGAGGCUGCCGCUCAACUUCCUCACAGGAGAGAAGUUCAGGGAGUGUCUGGAUCAUUACCUGAGGGUAAACUUCAGUAAAGGAUGUCCUCCGCUUUUCACUACACUGAAAUCUCUCUACCACGACAAGGAGAAGGUGUCGGUCAUCGAGCAGAUGGCGGUGAGCUAUGAGGCGAGUUUGAGAAGCUGCAGAAUGUUCAGUCAGAACGAUGACGGGAAAACGGAGCCUCCCACCACCCUGCUGUGGGUCCAGUAUUUCCUCGCCCAGCAUUUCGAUCAUAUCGGACAACACGUGGCCGCUCUGGAGUACAUCAACACGGCCAUCGAAAGCACUCCAACGCUUAUAGAGCUUUUCCUCAUCAAGGCCAAGAUCUACAAGCAUGCAGGAAAUAUUCAAGAAGCCGCACGCUGGAUGGACGAGGCUCAGGCGCUCGACACUGCGGAUCGCUUCAUCAACUCCAAAUGCGCCAAAUACCUGCUGAAGGCGGGGCUGGUCAAAGAGGCUGAGGAGAUGUGCUCCAAAUUUACCCGGGAAGGCACGUCGGCGGUGGAGAACCUGAACGAGAUGCAGUGUAUGUGGUUUCAGACCGAAUGCGCUCUGGCGUACAAGGCCAUGAACAAAUACGGCGACGCGCUCAAGAAGUGCCACGAAAUCGAGCGACACUUCGUAGAAAUAACCGACGACCAGUUCGACUUCCACACGUACUGCAUGCGGAAGAUGACCCUGCGCUCUUACGUGGCUCUGCUCAAGCUGGAGGACGUGCUGCGCAUGCACCCGUUCUACUUUAAAGCCGCGCAAACCGCCAUCCAGAUCUACCUCGAUCUCCACGACAACCCGCUGUGCGACGACAACAAGGAGUCACAGGCAGACAGCAUGAACUUGACGGAUAAGGAGAUGAAGAAACUGCGGAACAAACAGAGACGAGCGCAGAAGAAAGCCCAGCUGGAGGAGGAGAAGAAGAACGCGGAGAAGGAGAAGCAACUGAAAAACCAGAAGAAGAAGAAAGAGGAGGAUGAGGAGGAGGUCGGAGGACCUAAAGAGGAGCUCAUACCUGAGAAACUGGCAAAGGUCGAGAAUCCCCUGGAAGAAGCGGUGAAGUUCCUGAUUCCUCUGAAGAACCUGGUGACGAACCGAAUCGAGACGCAUCUCCUGGCCUUCGAGAUCUACUUCCGCAAAGAAAAAUAUCUGCUGAUGCUGCAGUCAGUGAAGAGAGCGUACGCUUUAGACCCGGACCACCCCUGGCUUCACCAGUGCCUCAUCCGAUUCUUCAAAGGAGUGGCUGACAGUAAGAAUCUGCCUCAGGCUGUACACACCGUUGUCAAGCAGGAGAUCACACGUCUGUUUGGAGAGAGUGACCCCAAAGCCUACAACAAGAACUUCCUGAGCAAGCACUCCAGCUCCAUACCUCACAGAUUAGCAGGUGCUAAGAUGAUGGUGUAUCUGGAUCCCUCUUCUGAGAGCACAGCUGCUGAGUUGGCUACAUCACUGGACAAGUCUCUCACCAGCAGAACCAUAAAGACAUGCACUGAGGUGUUACAGGCCUUAAAGGAUGGCAGCUUGGGUUCAGAACAGCAGAAAGUUCUGGAGUCGUACCGCGCCUCCUGCCAUAGCCUCUACCCUUACUGCCUGGCUUUCAUGCCGCCCGGUUACCAGGACAACGCUGCCGUCACAACCAACGGAGACCUGUCGUCCGGCGACCACGACGACGUGACCAACGAGAUAUGAGACGUUUGGUGCGAAAGAAGAGAAGAAAAAAAAAAAGUUUGCGUUUUGGUUUGUUUGCUUGGAUUUGAUCGAUACGCGGCCUGAGAUGCGACCCUACUGUAGAAACCGGACCGGGACUCCGUCCUGCACCGCGGAACAUCUGUUUUUACGUUAGAUUUAUUCUUUCCCCCACCCCCCCAUCCCCGCCCCUUCCAUUCUUUCUUACUUUUAUUCUUAAUAUGGCUAACGACUACUCUAGAGGAGGAGAAAAAAAAGAACCGAGAACAGAGCGUAGAUGAAGACGGGUUUGAUGGACCCGACGGCGUGCUCGUCUGAUACGUGCGACGUUUGUUUUUAAGAGUAAUUUAUCUAAAAGGAUGUUAACGAGAACACAAAAGAGGAGCAGUUCUUUCCCCGAGUCAGGUGACGACCGUGUGCCAAACGUGAGGGGCGGAGCUUAUGACAGGGCGCAGGUAAAGGUGAGGGUCGGUAGUGAGGACUUCCUGCACAGCUGCUACAGAGAGACCGUCACGUUCCGUCUCUUUCUUCUCUUUUCGACUGCUUUUGUUAUUCUUUCCUCGUCUUCCAGAUUCGUUAGACGUCCUGGCUCUCCGAGCGUUUACCGUGCCCAUAAUUAUGUGCCCCCCCCUUCCUUCCUCCUUUUAUAAUUAUAAUUUUUUUUUUUUUUUUUUUUUUUUUUGGUAAUUGGUUUUGAGAUCUGCCAUAUUUUCAAGAACGAGAACCUGCCAAUCUGUCUGAACUCGGGAUCUUCACUUUUAUUUACAAAAUAAAACACCAGUGAAUUGAAUGACAAAGGACACGAGGAUAUACGGUAAAGUGCAGAAGUUUUGCACUUUAGUGUAUUGGACAAAAUAAAGAACAGAUUUACGUAA